AUGGCUGUCGUUUUUGCACCAAAAGCUCAGUCUUUUACACAAACUUUCCUUCUCUUUCUAAUGGUUUCAUUGUCAAGAGCGGGGCUUGAUGCUCAUUAUUAUGGCCAAACAUGUCCGCAAGCUGAGAAGAUAAUUUUAGGGGCAGUUUAUAACGCAUCCAUGCAUGAUCCUAAAGUUCCAGCUCGAAUCCUGAGGAUGUUCUUCCAUGACUGUUUCAUAAGGGGAUGUGAUGCCUCUGUGUUGCUGGACUCGACUUCCGGCAACCAAGCAGAGAAAGACGGCCCUCCGAAUAUCUCUCUUCGUUCAUUUUACGUGAUCGAUGAUGCCAAAACUAAGCUUGAAAUGGCAUGUCCGCAUACAGUUUCUUGCGCUGAUAUAGUUGCCAUUGCAGCAAGAGAUGCUGUAACCAUGACGGGGGGGCCGUAUUGGAACGUACUGAAAGGUAGGAAAGAUGGAAGGGUGUCAAAAGCAGCAGAAACCAUCAAUUUACCAGCUCCAACCUUCAACGUAACCCAACUCAUUCAAAGCUUUGCCAGGAGAGGUUUAGGUGUCAAUGAUAUGGUUGCUCUUUCCGGUGCUCACAGCCUUGGCUUUUCACACUGUUCUUCUUUCCAAGCCCGGCUGCAUAACUUUAGUUCAGUGCAUGGGACCGAUCCCAGUAUGAAUGAUGAGUUUGCGGAAAAUCUGAGAAAGAAAUGCCCAAAACCAAACAAGGAUCGCAACGCGGGAGAGUUCUUGGAUUCGACCUCGUCAACUCUUGAUAACGAAUAUUACAAAAGGAUAAUGGCAGGAAAGGGCGUGUUGGGAUCGGAUCAAGCACUGGUUGGCGAUUACAGGAGUAGGUGGAUUGUUGAAGCAUUUGCCAAAGAUCAAAGUCUCUUCUUUAGGGAGUUUGCGGCUUCGAUGAUGAAGCUGGGGAACGUUGGAGUGAUUGAGAACGGCGAAGUGAGACUGAAAUGUGGAGUGGUAAAUUGA